AUGACCCAUGCGCUCCUGGGUAUGAUCCCUCUACUGGAGUUUACUGUCUCUCCUUUCAGUGGAAUCCCAAUGGUCCUGACUGGGGUGAUAUCGCUUGGGGUACUGCGACUCCUCAUGAUCUCAUCACAAGGAAAGUCGAAAAGCAACCCGUUCUGUGAUCCAUGGCCCAACAUGAGUAAGACCUUCUGGUUGGAUCCGAAAGAGACCGUGUUCGGGAUCAUUUCUGGAGGCAUCAGAAAUAUGACUCCCACCAGCUUUCUCUACAGAGUCAACCCAAACGACUUGGUCGACUGGGAAUACUUCGGUCCUAUGGCCAAUUAUGGUCUGAAUUUUAGACCAUCAAGGCGAUCGGGCGAUUUUGGCAAGAACUGGGAGGUUACUUAA